AUGCCGCAGCGUGCAGCUUCGCCAGCUGCUUCAGAACUCGAAUAUGAUAUCCUCGACUCGUUAUAUCCAGGACCAGGUGACAAUGACAGCCAGCCCCAGCCAGCAGCAGAUGGCGACUUCGAUUUCGACGACAUCCUGAACCCUCAUCAACGAGCAGAAGAUGGUGGCGACGAGGCUUUCAUCGCUUUUCAGCAAGCGGCGUCCUUUCGAAAAGCGUCCAACUUGAAAGGGCGAACAGUCAAGAAGGGCGGCGGUUUCCAGGCAAUGGGGCUGAAUGCAAACCUACUCAAGGCGAUUGCUCGCAAAGGAUUUUCCGUCCCCACGCCAAUCCAAAGAAAAACUAUACCGCUCGUUCUUGAACGCAAAGACGUCGUGGGCAUGGCCCGAACUGGAUCUGGCAAAACCGCCGCCUUUGUCAUCCCCAUGAUUGAGAGGCUGCGUGCCCACAGCGCCAAGUUUGGAAGCAGGGCUCUCAUCCUGUCCCCUUCUCGAGAGCUCGCCAUCCAAACUCUGAAGGUUGUCAAGGAAUUUGCCCGUGGGACCGAUCUCAAGGCUGUUCUCCUCGUCGGCGGGGACAGCCUCGAGGAGCAGUUCGGCUCCAUGGCAGCUAAUCCCGACAUUGUCAUUGCCACACCCGGUCGUUUCCUGCAUUUGAAGGUUGAGAUGUCGCUGGACCUGUCUUCCGUCAAGUAUGUUGUAUUUGACGAAGCCGACCGACUGUUUGAAAUGGGCUUCGCAGCCCAGCUCACUGAAAUUCUGCACCAUCUCCCUUCGUCUCGCCAGACCUUGCUCUUCUCGGCCACUCUUCCCGCGUCGCUGGUCGAGUUUGCCCGCGCCGGGCUUCAAGAUCCCAGCCUGGUGCGCUUGGACGCGGAGACCAAGGUCUCCCCGGACCUCGAAAGUGCCUUCUUCUCCGUAAAGGGUGCGGAAAAAGAGGGCUCUCUGCUUCAUAUUCUCCACGACGUCGUCAAAAUCCCCCUUGGAGCUCCGGAGGGGGGGAAAGAGGCCGCAGACGAUGCAGGAUCAAAGAAACGAAAGCGAGGGGCGGAGAGUGGCGCGGGCCAACCGACGCGCCAUGCCACCAUUAUCUUCACGGCUACCAAGCAUCACGUCGAGUAUCUCGCAAACGUUCUUGAAAGCGCAGGCUUUGCCGUCUCGCACGUUUACGGUUCGCUAGACCAGACGGCGCGACGAAACCAAGUCGACAACUUCAGAAAAGGGAGAACAAACAUCAUCGUCGUCACGGAUGUGGCUGCCCGAGGUAUCGACAUCCCCAUUCUCGCAAACGUCAUCAACUACGACUUUCCGUCGCAACCCAAAAUCUUUGUCCACCGGGUGGGCCGAACCGCUCGUGCUGGGAAAAGAGGUUGGAGCUACAGCCUGGUCCGAGAUACCGAUGCCCCGUACCUGCUCGAUCUCCAGCUGUUCCUGGGUCGCAGGCUGGUGCUGGGUCAGGAGGGCGGCGAGCCUUCGUUUGCUGCGGAUGUGGUGGUGGGAUCGUUGCGGCGCGACAUGGUUGAAACCAAUGUCGAGUGGAUGAACAAGCUGCUGCACGACAAUGUCGACAUUAGCGCUCUCCGAGGUGUCGCCGGCAAAGCCGAAAAGCUCUAUCUCAAGACCCGGAACUCGGCCUCGAGCCAGUCUGCGAAACGCUCAAGAGAAAUCGUAUCGUCGACCGGCUGGAGUCAGCUCCACAGGAUGUUCGGCCAAGACGUCGACGGGAUGGAAAAGGCGAGGGCGGACAUGCUUGCCAAGAUUAGCGGCUUCAGACCUUCAGAGACCAUCUUUGAGGUCAGCCACACUGAUAAGUCCAAUUCCGAAGCUGCAGAGGUGAUGAAGCAGCUCCGAAAGAGAAUCACUCCCAAGAAUCGGCAACCAAGGAAACUGGAAAGCGAAGAUCGAGGCGCCGACGACGACGACGAUGACGACGACGACGACGACGACGUUCCUGCCCCUGUUUCUGUUCCAAGCCGCAGGCCCGAAUCAGACGUGGAUUCCGACGACGAAAUGGCCGAGGCGGGCGAAACCAACCAAGCCGGCUGCGACAGCGACAGCGACGUCGAAGUGACGGUGACCAACGGGUCCGCCGGCAAAAAGGGCAGAGCCGAGUGGCGCGACCCAGACGUCUUCAUGAGCUACACGCCUCGCACCACCAACGCCGCCGAGGAGCGCGGCUACGGCGUCCACUCCGGCGGCUUCGUCGAGGCGGCCCGCCACGUCACCAUGGACCUGGCCAACGACGAGACGGCCCGCUCGUUCGGGCAGCCCGCCCGCUCCAGGAUGCGCUGGGACGCCAAGUCGAAAAAGUACGUGUCGCGCGACAACGACGACGACGGCUCCAGGGGCGCCGGCAGCAAGACGAUUGUGGGCGAGUCGGGCGUCCGGAUCGCGGCCUCGUUCCAGAGCGGGCGCUACGACAGGUGGAGGCGUGCCCAGCGGGCCGGCGGCCUGCCCAGGGUGGGCGAGGCGGAGAAGCCCGGCGCCGGGGCCGCCCGCGGCGCCAUGCCCGGCGGCGCGCGGUACAAGCACAAGCAGGAGAAGGCGCCCAAGGAGGCCGACAGGUACAGAGACGACUUUGAGGUCCGCAAGAAGAGAGUGGCCGAGGCCAGGGACAAGCGCGUCGGCCGCUUCCGGGACGGAAUGGGCAGCAGCAAGGAACUCAAGGGGGCCGCGGAUAUCCGCAAGGCCAGGGAGGAAAAGGCGCGACGAAGGGCGAAAAACGCCCGGCCCACGAGGAAAAAGAAGUAG